AUGUGGGCUAUACCCCCACCGUAUCAGUGGGCUAUACCCCCACCGUAUCAGUGGGCUACACUCCCACCGUAUCAGUGGGCUAUACCCCCACCGUAUCAGUGGGCUAUACCCCCACCGUAUCAUGUGGGCUAUACCCCCACCGUAUCAGUGGGCUAUACCCCCACCGUAUCAGUGGGCUAUACCCCCACCGUAUCAGUGGGCUAUACCCCCACCGUAUCAGUGGGCUAUACCCCCACCGUAUCAGUGGGCUAUACUCCCACCGUAUCAGUGGGCUAUACUCCCACCGUAUCAGUGGGCUAUACCCCCACCGUAUCAGUGGGCUAUACUCCCACCGUAUCAGUGGGCUAUACUCCCACCGUAUCAGUGGGCUAUACCCCCACCGUAUCAGUGGGCUAUACCCCCACCGUAUCAGUGGGCUAUACUCCCACCGUAUCAGUGGGAUAUACUCCCACCGUAUCAGUGGGAUAUACUCCCACCGUAUCAGUGGGCUAUACCCCCACCGUAUCAGUGGGCUAUACCCCCACCGUAUCAGUGGACUAUACCCCCACCGUAUCAGUGGACUAUACCCCCACCGUAUCAGUGGACUAUACCCCCACCGUAUCAGUGGGCUAUACUCCCACCGUAUCAGUGGGCUAUACCCCCACCGUAUCAGUGGGCUAUACCCCCACCGUAUCAGUGGGCUAUACUCCCACCGUAUCAGUGGGCUAUACCCCCACCGUAUCAGUGGGCUAUACUCCCACCGUAUCAGUGGGCUAUACUCCCACCGUAUCAGUGGGCUAUACUCCCACCGUAUCAGUGGGCUAUACCCCCACCGUAUCAGUGGGCUAUACCCCCACCGUAUCAGUGGGCUAUACUCCCACCGUAUCAGUGGGCUAUACCCCCACGGUAUCACUGGGCUAUACCCCCACCGUAUCAGUGGGCUAUACCCCCACCGUAUCAGUGGGCUAUACCCCCACGGUAUCACUGGGCUAUACCCCCACCGUAUCAGUGGGCUAUACUCCCACCGUAUCAGUGGGCUAUACUCCCACCGUAUCAGUGGGCUAUACCCCCACCGUAUCAGUGGGCUAUACCCCCACGGUAUCACUGGGCUAUACCCCCACCGUAUCAGUGGGCUAUACUCCCACCGUAUCAGUGGGCUAUACUCCCACCGUAUCAGUGGGCUAUACCCCCACCGUAUCAGUGGGCUAUACUCCCACCGUAUCAGUGGGCUAUACCCCCACCGUAUCAGUGGGCUAUACCCCCACCGUAUCAGUGGGCUAUACUCCCACCGUAUCAGUGGGCUAUACUCCCACCGUAUCAGUGGGCUAUACCCCCACCGUAUCAGUGGGCUAUACCCCCACCGUAUCAGUGGGCUAUACCCCCACCGUAUCAGUGGGCUAUACCCCCACCGUAUCAGUGGGCUAUACCCCCACCGUAUCAGUGGGCUAUACCCCCACCGUAUCAGCCAGAA